GGAUGCAUGAAUUGUAGUUGCAGGUCCACGGGCAUCAGGUCUGGGCCGUCACUCUGCUGCGGACACGAGUGGGGAAGAGUUGUUGUUGGAAGGACACUCUAGUAGCUUUGUUGUUGGUGACACUAUGGCGGAGGUGGAUGGGGUGGGUGGGUCUCGCCUAACUUGGCCUGACUUCGUGGUCAUCACUGUCUAUUUCCUUUGUGUGCUGAUUGUCGGAAUCUGGUCGUCGAGAAAGAAUAAGAAAGACAGCAUCUCCAGUUACUUCCUCGCCUCCCGCAACUUACACUGGAUACCUGUGGGCGCUUCACUGUUCGCCAGCAACAUCGGUUCGGGUCAUUUUAUCGGGCUGGCAGGAGCAGGAGCAGCUUCUGGUCUUGCAGCACACGGCUACGAACAAGCGGCUAUCUACGGGUUGCUGAUGUUAGGGUGGUUGUUCGUGCCCGUAUACAUGAGCAGUGGCGUGUAUACCAUGCCAGAGUACCUCAGGCUGAGGUUUGGCGGCCAAAGAAUCCGGGUCUACCUCUCCUGCCUCUCUCUCACACUCUACAUUUUCACCAAGAUUGCAGCUGACCUAUACGCCGGGGCGCUGUUUAUCCAGCUGGCUCUCAACAAGAGUUCAGACGAGUGGUUGUACAUCAGCGUAUUCUUCCUGCUGGGGGUGGCGGCAGUGUUCACCAUUGUGGGCGGCCUCACCACUGUCGUCUACACUGAUCUGGUGCAGAUGGUACUUAUGGUGAUGGGAUCCUUAGUCCUCAUGGUUAAAUCUUUUCACGCGGUGGGCGGCUACUACAGCUUAGUAGAACGUUUUCCAUACGCCAAGGCCUCCAUCAGGGCCAUGGGCGUCAAUAACAAGUCCUGUGGCGAGGUUCCCCCUGACUACAUGAGUCUACUGAGGACACUGGACCCCUCCAAGAGUGAAUAUCCCUGGGUUGGGAUGACCUUUGGCAUGGCGUCCAUACAGGUCUGGUACUGGUGCACUGAUCAGGUGAGCACAGUACAGUAGUAGGAUUAUUAUACCUCUCAGUGGCGGCCAUUUUUUUAAUGGGUGAAGACGUAAAAAUGGGUUUUAAUUAACUACUAAAGAAACUUGAAAAUCUUGUCCCUAUUUUUUCACUGUUUAGCAUACUGUACUUCGUCCCCUCUUCCACCAUUCCGUCUUCAGGUGUCUCGCGAAGUGCGGGGCGAUGUAGAGGACAAGUACACACAGUACUUGUUCAUAUUCUCAGUUUACACGCACAAUAUACCAUGUGAAUCUUUAAUCUCCACAUAGUGGAGAUUAAAGUGCUUCAUAUUUAAAAACAACUCUUAAGUGGGGCAAAUUUAUAUCCCUCCCCCGACAGGAAUUGCGUAGCUUAUACUACAGGUGGUCAAGGGGCGACUUAAUUGAAG